UAGGAGUGCUUUAAUCGCAUGAUUCCCGGCCAUUUAUUCUCUCUUCCGGCCAAACGCAGUGCCAAAGUUGCAGUCCUCUCUCCUCCAUCCUUCUCGUUUUCUCCAGAUCUUCCACCUGCCGUCGCUAGGGUUGGGUGGAGUGGCUUUCCGUUGUCAGUGGCGGAGAUCUUCGAUCUGGCUGCGGGUUCGUAGAUGAAGCAGCAGUCAGCAGCGGUCUAGUUCGAGUCCGAGAAGAGGGAGGAAAAGAUCUCCUUUUUGUUGCUGUUUUUCCUCCAAUUUCGCGUCCCGUGUUCUAGUAGGAAGACACGUCAGAGAUCGGCGGAAGAGAUGAGCGCGUCGAGGUUCAUAAAGUGCGUCACGGUCGGGGACGGCGCCGUCGGGAAGACCUGCAUGCUCAUUUCCUACACCAGCAACACUUUUCCCACAGAUUAUGUUCCGACAGUGUUUGACAAUUUCAGUGCUAAUGUAGUGGUGGACGGAAACACAGUCAACUUAGGUUUGUGGGAUACUGCAGGUCAGGAGGAUUACAAUAGAUUGAGGCCUUUGAGCUAUCGAGGAGCAGAUGUUUUUUUGCUUGCCUUUUCUCUCAUCAGUAAAGCCAGCUAUGAAAAUGUGGCCAAGAAGUGGAUUCCUGAGCUGAGGCACUAUGCACCUGGUGUCCCCAUAAUUCUUGUUGGCACAAAGCUUGAUCUUCGUGAUGACAAACAGUUCUUUAUCGACCAUCCUGGUGCAUCUCUCAUAAGUACCACUCAGGGAGAGGAACUAAAGAAGCAAAUAAGUGCUGCUGCUUACAUUGAGUGCAGUUCAAAGACUCAACAAAAUGUCAAAGCGGUGUUUGAUCAAGCCAUCAAGGUUGUACUUCAACCACCCAAGAAAAACAGGAAGAAGAAAAAGCAACAAAAGACUUGCUCAAUUUUGUGACCAUUGAGCUUGCAAAAAAGGGUUGAGGAUAUCUUUCUGCAGAAACUCAUGUUUUGGAAGUCUAGCAGUCACGUAUGAUUUACAAAGGUCGCUGCUUUCUGGGAGAACAGGUUAUUUGGCUUCAUUUUGACUUGUGACGAUUUGUAACUGGCCUGUUGAAAAUGUACUUUAAUAUGAUCAGUUCGUGUUAAUGUCUAGAGGAAUGUUGUUUGAUCCUUAUUUGCACAAACAUGGUGUUAUUAGAUUACUGUAUUUUAGACCAUCGAAAUCCUGUGAUGAAUGUAGUGCUUGUGUUUUUACCUAAA